UACUGUAGCUGGCAUAAUGAUCAGUACCAACCUUUUGCCCCAUGUAUAUGGGAUGUGAAUUGGGACAUUUACUGAAGAGUUUUCUGUUGCUGGUAGGGGGAGGAGAGAAGCUGACAAUUUUCUGGAAGAACGUCACGGCUGGGACGUCCACUGUUCAAUUGGACCCCAGGAGUUAUAAAACACUGAAACCCAAUACAGGAAUCCAAGAGAAGACCUUUGCACUUAUACUUACAACACUGCAUUCCAACUUAGAUUUUCACUUUAAAUGACGACCUUCACUUAAUCCUGGAUUUUAUUUGAUGGAUCAUUUUUGGAAACACAUUUUCUGAUUUGUGUUGCACAGGAUUUGGACGACCUCAACAGAAAUCCAACAGAAUAUUUUUAGAAUCGGCAGAGAUUUAUUGCGCACAGCCUUUUUAAAAUUAAUUUAUUUAUUCUUACCUCGUAUAUUAUUGUUGUGCAAAGUACGCCACAGUCUAUUUUGGAUAAGUAUUAUCUAGCUUGGAUGAUUUCUCAAGUGAGCAUAAGUAUCACAUCUCUGUUCUGUCUCUGCACCCGUAAUAGAAACACGGAUCGCUUUCGCAGACUGACACUGCUGCCUGCGGAACGCUCGUCGCUAGUGUGUUAUCUCCCCAUCUUUUUUCAGAAGUUUCUAAACUUUCGACGAUAGAAGCGCCUGAAAUGCUCGCCAUCUCCAUUGUAUUUCUCAUUUUUCCCGCUGCGCUCUUUGUUGCCGCGCAAAGCGUUGGGGAUCUCCAGGACCUCACCUCUCCCGGAGGCAGCGCCGGCUUUGACCCGCCAGACCCAUGUAUGACUAUAUAUCCACCGUGUCUGAGUGAAUCUGAUCGCUACAGCCUGGAGGCCCUGCGGAGCAUCCACCAGAUAAUGGAUGAUGACCAAGAUGGUGGGAUUGAGGUGGAGGAGAGCAUGGAGUUCAUUAUGGAAGACAUGAAGCAGCAGCAGACUCACAAACACAGCAAGUUGCACAGAGAAGACCAGCACAUCACAGUGGAGGAGCUGUGGAGGGGAUGGAAGUCAUCUGAAGUGCACAACUGGACACUAGAUGAUGUUCUACGCUGGCUGAAAGACUUUGUCGAGCUUCCGCAGUAUGAGAGGAAUUUUAAGGACUUCAGGGUCAAUGGAAACACCCUACCCAGGAUUGCAGCAAAUGAGCCAUCCUUCCUGAGUUCCCAGUUGAAAGUGCUGGACCAGAGAGACAAACAGAAGCUCAACAUCAAAGCUCUGGAUGUGGUGUUGUUUGGACCACCUACACGCCCCCCUCAUAACUACAUGAAGGACCUGCUGCUCAUUGUGUCUGUGGUGAUGGGAGUUGGAGGCUGCUGGUUUGCCCAAGCCCAAAACAAAGCCAGCAAGGUUCACGUUGCCAAAAUGAUGAAAGAUUUAGAAAGUCUGCAGAGGGCAGAGCAGAGCCUCAUGGACCUACAGGAGCAGCUGGAGCAGGCUCAGGAAGAAAAACGAAAUGUGGCAGUGGAAAAACAAUUUCUGGAAGAGAAGAUGAGAGAUGAGAUUAUUGGAGCUCAGGAGGAAGCUCACCGUCUGCAUGAGCUGAGAAAGGGAGCCGUCAGCGAACUCAGCCGCCUGCGGUACGCAGAGGAAGAACUGGAACAGGUCCGUGGAGCGCUGAAGCAGGCGGAGAAGGAGAUGAUAGCCAGCUGGACAGUCUCAGGCGCCCUUCAGCAGUGGCUCCAGCUUACACAUGAGGUGGAGGUUCAGUACUACAAUGUCAAAAAACACAGCGCAGAACUGCAACUUGCCACUGCCAAGGAAGAGGCAGAGAGGAUCAAGAAGAAGAGAAGUUCUGUUCUGGGAACGCUUCACGUGGCCCACAGCUCCUCCCUAGACCAAGUUGAUCAUAAGAUCAUGGAAGCAAAGCAUGCGUUGUCCGAAGUAACAGCUUGUCUGCGAGAACGUCUUCACCGCUGGCAGCAGAUUGAAUUCCUCUGUGGUUUUCCCAUUAUGAGGAAUCCUGGACUAGCUAACCUCUCCGCUCAACUCUACUCAGACACCACAACCGCCUUGGGGUUCCCCCGAGUAGCCCAGUCUUCCUGUUCAUAUCACAGUUCUGUUCACGGCUCAGUAGAAGAUCUUGUAGAUGAACAAGCUGCACCUAUAAUACCACAGAUGUCUGUUCCCAUUCCGCCUCUUAAGCGCUCUCCUCAUCUUCGGAGAUCCACCACCUCAAGGGCACGUCGUCCUGGAGUCCUCCCUCAGCCACAACCUGCCACCAUCUCCCAAGACCCCGACCUUCUGAUCCCCAUUAGAGCUCCUUACUCUUGCUAUGACGAAGGUGAAGAACUCCUCCGAAAAUCUCUUAAAAAACAAGAUUCCCAAGAGAAAUUCUUGGACUCUGAGUUUAUAAUGUCACCUACCCUCAGCAAAAUGUUUCCUAGUCCUAUCCUGGACACUUCAUCUAGAAGGUUGUAUCACGAUGAGGCUGAGCUCCUUGCAGACAGUCCAGUUACAAAGCCUUUGAGUGGACAAGUAGAAUUUCCUGCUGAUCCUCCAGUUCACAACGUGUCUGAGGAAGAGUAUGAAAUUCCUGUAGAUUUAGGUGUUUCUUGCAAGAAAUUGUUAAAAGAAAAAAUCUUGGAUCCUUCUUUGGAAACCAUUUCUUUUAAGAGUUCAAAUGAAGAAUCUUGUGGAAAUGCUGCACUAAAGAAGAUAUCUAGACGUAGAAGUGAAGUCUCUAUGGAUGAUUCAUUAAGAAAGGGAAUUUCUCAUAAUUUAGACAUGGAGGUCUCACCCAUAAAAACAGAGAAACAGACCACUGAGGAUUUAAUGGACGUUCCCUCAAGGAAUUUUUACAUAGACAGAUACGACGUAGACCCAUUGGAGAUGAAAAAGAUUUUUCGACCGGAAUUGGAAUCAUUAGCAGAAACACAGAGGAUAAUAUCAAGGGAUAUUCUGGAGACUUCAAUAAAUGUGGCCUCAAGAAAGAAAGGGAGAGAUGAUGCUGAACAUUUGAAUGAAUCGAGAAGAGUUAUGAGGAAUUCAAUGGGAAUGUCCCAAGAGACAGCUUCUAGGAAGCUUCCGCUGAAUACGGGAGACUUUCAGCUCGAAUCCUCUCUGAUGGCUGUACCAAAGGAUAAAAUAGAUGAGACUGCUGUAAUACCACAAAGAAAGAUAUCUAGAGAAGAGCUGGAAUAUUGUUCAGAUCCUGCCUCUGUCAGGAUGCCUUUCAGAGAACCAAUGGAUGCUUUUAGGGAUGCUCCAAUCUUUAAAGAUACACCAGAGUUUGGUCUGGAGUCAGCACAAAGCAGACGGACACUGAGACAUGAAGUUGAGAUGUCUGCUGGUUCCCUUAGAAGGAGAAUUCCUGGACUUUCAAGAAGCAACACCAGUUCAACAGAUAGUUUCUCUGAGAAUAUCUCGUGGGAUAGAGUGAAUGCUUCAGUUGACAUGUCUAAGCAUCUAACACUGAGGGACGAUGUUGGAGGAUUUGAAUCAAGUUCUUUGCCAUGUCGUAUUGGACAGCCAGAUCUUAUGCUAACAUCCCAAGUGCCAUGGCAGUCGUCCUCAGACCUCUGUACUGCUGGGCAUCUGAGCCAACUCGUGUAUGAUGGAAUCCUUGAAAAAUCAUGCAGCUCUAUGUCCUCAGUGCAUACUCCUCUAUCAGCUUCUACACCAAGCCUUCCUCAGAGCAGACUGCUGGCAGAGCUGGAGUCACCACUGCCACCUCCACAGGCUGUUUGCCCAACAAUUGCAUCACCCUCUGUGAGUGGAGAUGAGAAGAACAAAGAGAAGGAUAAAAGUAAGAAAACUUUAAAGCUCAAAAACCUUUUUAAAAAGAAAAAUGAGUCUACUCCAGAAAAGUCUCACAGUGGUCUUCAGAAGCUCUGACAGCUCACAAGUGUUUCCCCUCUUCUGAGUUGCAUUGAUUGAGAAAUUCUAGCUUCAGGACAUGUUUGAGUUGGCUGACUGGCCAAGUGAGGUUACAUAAUCCUGGAAAACAGGAUUUAGCUGCUGCUGGUGCUUAGUGGCAUUGGAUGAACAAUGAUUGGCUCGGCUCAGGGACUACAUAAUGAGCUGCCGAGGAGCAAACCAAUGAAUUUUAUGUAAAGCAUCAGUACUGACCUCAAAUCCAGCAAAGUGUUUAAAGCACAACCUCUGAUGGAGAUCAGGGUCAACAGGAAGCCAGGAAUCCUGAGUGGUAACCUGUAUUUAAUGCUCAGAAUGCCAUUAAAAACACAAAACUGUUAAUAAGAAAUCAUCCAGUUCUGUGUUGAUUAAAAAAACCCUAAGACUUGGUCUGAGCCCAGAAACUAUACAGUUUAGAUAUGUUCCUCUAUAGCAACACAGAGGAAAUUGAAAGAACACAGCUUCACCCUGAAAUGACAAAUUCCUUUAUGUGAUAAUGUCAGUGCUCAGGAAUUCACUGUUUAUGAGGAUGUGUUGUUUAUAUAUGCACAUAUGAUGAAACAGGAAGCUGUUUCAGAAAACAUCUAAACAGAAAAUUAAGGCAACACAACCAUGUGUCUAUUUUAUGUUGAUUAUAAACAGAGUAUUUAAGAUUAUAAUUUUCUGUGUGAAUUAUUUUAUAUUUGAAACCAAUUUUACUUGCUUAAGAAGUCUUACAGGCACAUGGCUAAUCGAAGUGUCUUAGAUGUGUGAUUUUUUUUAUGCUUUGCCUAAGGCUAAAGGACUAAAUAAUGUUGAUAAUAUUGCUGUUUCUCUGUGUAACAGAGUAAAUGCUUGAAUUUAUAAUGAACGUCAAAUUAAGACAUUUAUUGGAGUGAAUAGAGAUUGCAAUCAUGCAUUUUAUAUUUAGGGUUUUUUUUGUUGUUUUGGUUUCCAGUUUGAUUUUAAUCAAACUGUUAUCAUCCAAGUCUAUCUGGAAGUUUGGAUUUUUAGGAAAAAGUUAGGACAUCAUAUCCUCCUUUUCUUUGUCUUACCCCCAAGUUCUAAGUUGGAAACAUCAACUGACUUCUGACUUGAAAAACCACAUGUUUCUCACCUACCUGAAAAAAAUCAAAUAUGGCCACUUCAUAAAAAGAGAAAUAAAGAUGCUUUUUUGUUAUUCUGAUUGUCAUGUUAAUAAAACACAACAAUUAGCAAAUUUAACUGGUUUUCUGACUAAACAAGUUCAUUUCUGGGAUGAGAAUCCCAAAUGAGACUUUUAACUACUGAUAUAAUCUUAGGCUAGAAAUCUCACAGCUCUAUUUAAGCAACUGACCCUUCUGUCAAAUCCUAGGCACAUAAACUAAGCCUUAAGUACUAAUGUUCACAUACUGCAAAUCUCUUGUUGAUCUGUUGUGUGGCACCUGUCUUUUCCACUAGAGGGCAGUGAUGUUUCAGAGAAAAUAUAACCCAGGAAAUGUAUGAGAACUGUUUUGUUUUAUGCUAGUCAUCCAUGUAAUUACAACGGGAAAAACAAAUGUGAUUGAAUUUAUGCACAAAGAGUAACAAUGCAUCCCAAUUAAUCUCAACUUUUCUUUUUUUUUUACUUUGAACAAAGUCUUAACUAAAUGAAUGUAAAAGGAUAUAUAUGAAUCCUGAGGGUAUGAAUCUGCUGACCUAGUGCUUCUACAAAACUUCUCAUGCAUGUAUUUUCAUCUUUUAAUCACAAUUACCUACAAAUCAACCUGUUCAACAACUUAUGGCAAGCAUAAAAUGCAGUAUACACUCUAAAAAAUUAAAAACAGUAAAUAAUAUCAAGAUCUAGGAUGUGGCUUGAACCAGGACUUUCCAUUUCCUAUUUCUGUGCCUUUGGUAAAUUUAUUGUCACAUUGUAGGGAUCAGUUCUGCUACAGAAAUGAUAUAUGUAUAUAUAGUUUUUUUUUAAAUUUGCAUUUUUGCAUUUGCAUUUUUAUCCAGCACCAUCAUUUAAUAAAUGACAUAUUUUACGGUGGACUCUGAUGAUGAACUGACCAGUUCCUACUGCGACAGAUCUAGCCUAAAACAUGACACUUACACCGCUAUGCUUCACACAUAGUAAAAGAUUCUUUUACUGAUAUGCUUUAUUUUCCUAAUAAGUCCUUAGUUCUGACUUUGAAAUAUCUAAGUUUUAGAUUCAUAUGUCAAAAAGCAUUAUUCCAAAAGUCCUGGUCUUUGGCUGUUUUCAGUCUACUUUAUGAACACCUCAGACAGCGGUUUGGAUCUCACUUCAACAGUCAGGAGCGGACCAAACUAAAUGUCUGUGGUUUAAAACCGCCUUCAAAAUGCUAAGUAACAGUUCUCUCUUCAUGUGCCACUGUUGUAAUGAGCUUCUGGGACUUUAGCAGCUUUUUCCUCUCCAGAUAUUGCAUUUUUAAUAAAGAUUUAACAGGAAACAUUAAAAGUCCUGUUUUUCUGGUUGAUCUAUAUUACUUGAAUUUCUUAGUAUUGUUAAAUUGAUAUUACAUGUCCAUAUACUGAAAUAUGUCAUAAACACACACAAGCUUCCAUAUGGUGUCCUAAUUUUUUCACAUGCCUAAUGUUGCAUGGAUUUGUCUUCCCAAUUUACCUAAUGGUGGAACAUGGGAAGUCAGCCUUUAUUUCUCUUGUGUUUUCUUUUAUCUAGAAUUCUUGGUUGCAAUUUUUGAUUGAUUUCUCUGAUCAUUUGAAAAAUAUAAUUUGCAAUCUGUUGUUUUAUUUCAUCAAUGUUCUCUAGACAUGACAGAUUAAACAAUUCCUUUGCA